CGCUGUCAGUUGUUGGAGAAGGCCGUUCGCCAAGACGUGGCGCAGUUCUAGGUUUCUUCCUUUCCCACGUUAUGGCUGAUUCUUCGGGUCUAUCCCAUUUAAAACUUGGGAAUUAUGUUCAGAUGUAAAGCUUUUCACUUGGCAGAGAUACAUUGGUUUAAAUGGUCAAAGAAAAACAUUACUUGUCUUCAGUACUACAAGACUGGCCGAAAGAGCACUGGCAGAACACUAUUAAGUGCAUAUCAGUUCACGAUUAUGGAAAAAGAACUGCCUGGUGUGCUGAUCUCUGAAAUAGGUGGUACCUUUGGUGUGUUAGAAAGCCAUGUAGAGUUUUUCAAGAAGCAUUUCAAUCUCAUCACCAUGAAGGAAUUUCAGAAAAGCAAAGAACUCCAUGAAAAGAUCAAAUCUGUUUUUGUAUUUGAGUGUCUUCCAGUCAUUGACCAGGCGCUCCUUGAAAGCCUGCCCAACUUAAAGGUGAUUGGAAAUUCAGGAGUAGGAGUGAAUCAUUUGAAUCUGAAAUUAAUUAGUAGCUUUGGCGUUAAAGUGACGAAUACUCCGCAUUCUGUUUCUGAUUCUACUGCGGACAUUGGAAUGGCAUUAAUGCUAGCAUCUGCCAGAAGAUUAGUUGAAGGUUGUUAUCUGGCAAAAUCUCCAGAUACUACGCAAUUUGCUGUUAAUUGGCUAGGAGUAGAAGUCAGCAGGGCCACUCUUGGUAUCAUUGGAAUGGGCAACAUUGGUUAUAAAGUAGCCAAGAGGGCAAAGGCUUUUGAUAUGAAGAUUCUCUAUCACAAUAGGAAUCGGAGAAAAGAGGAAGAAGAACAAGAGGUUGGUGCUGUGUAUUGUAAAAACAUUGAUGACUUACUUCGACAGUCUGAUUUUGUGAUGCUGGUUGUAAAUUUGACAUCAGAGACCCACAGUCUCAUAGGAAAAAGAGAGCUAGAACUGAUGAAACCCACAGCCACACUCAUCAAUAUCUGCAGAGGUGCAGUUGUUGACCAGGAGGCAUUGGUAGAAGCUCUCCAAAAUAAGGUUAUUAAGGCUGCAGCUUUGGAUGUGACCUAUCCUGAGCCAUUGCCAAGAGAUCACUUGCUGUUGCAGAUGAAGAAUGUCAUCAUAACACCCCACAUUGGCACAGCUACAGAUCAAGCCCUGCGCAUGAUGACAGAAGAAGCAGUGGAAAAUAUCUUGGCAGUUCUCAAUGAUCUUCCCAUUCCUAGUGAAGUGAUCUCCAAAUAACUUGAUGGAGAACAUACAAAAAAAAUCAUGAAUUAUAAAGAACAGGACAUUAACCUCUAAGAAACAUGACAAAUAACCAGAUAACAUAUUCCUAUCAGUUUCAAAAUGUGUGUCUGAUUAUUUUUUUGUAAUUAAAUUAAUUCCGUAAGCCACCCAGAGUUAUUUUGAAACAAAAUGGGUGGCAAAUAAAUUUGAUAAAUAAAUAAAUAAAAUCCCAUUGGAAAAAAGUUUGUUCUGAGACUUUUGAUCAUGGUGGUUGGAUUUCUGAUUCCUUCAUCCUUUUAUCUCUAGCAAACAGAUACACCUCUUUGGAAAAUGAGAACAACAAAUUCAGAAGAGGCUUAGGGCUUUGUUAAACAUCACACCAAGAUUCAAACGUAAAAAAAUUGAAUAGUUCCAGUAUAGAAAUAUUAUUUGAGAUUGUAGUUUUUAUGUUUGAAAAGAUCUUUCUCCUGCAUUCUUAACCUGCAGAUGAUUGUUACAAAUUACACAAAGAAGACAACACAACCAUGCUGCCUUGCACAUUUGGUUUGCUAGGCUAGAUGAGAAAUUGCUUAGAAACGUCAAUUUUUAUUCACCCAUAUUUAUUGACUAAACCUAGUUGACUGAGUUUACACAACCCAUUAACCCAUAUAUACAUAUGAUUAACUAGUUGCUAUGGUUGAAUUGACACAAAAACAAGCAAAACACAAUAUUGCCAAACAGUACAUGAAUCAAGACAUUGUUUUCUGAUCUUGACUAGAAAGUGGUGACUGCUGAAACUUUCAAAUUUUUCAUGGCAUUCAAAAGCUGAAUCCAUUAAUGAUAUAAUUGAUUAUAUUAAGGUAUUUUAAAUGGCCUGAAGAGCAAAUUGUUCUGAACCAGCUUGCUUUUAUGGUUUUUUUUUAAUGGACAAACAAAUUUCAAGACAUAAUUUAGAAAUAAGGAAGAGGAACAAAAGUGUGCUUGUAUUACUGACAGGGAAAGAAUGAAAUACAGACACUUUAAACUUUACAAAAGCACCAUUUAUAAAGAUAAAAGCAAUCUGUUUAAAAAAUAAUAUACUGUUGUUAAGAUAGGUGAUCAGACUUGAAUAAACAUUUCACAGUCAUAUGAACCUUUAAAGCCCUUUGAGGCUGGGUUAAUUUUCAACCAGAGCAAAAGUCUAUACCUUUAAAUUCUACUUAUCCAAAGAAAAAUGUACUUUUUGGAUGUACUAAAAGGUAUGUUUAAUUAUUGAUUAUUUGUCUUCUAUUUUUAAUUCAUGUAAUUUUCCAAAAUCAGCAAUAUAAAACUUCCAGGAAAAUGUAUUUUCAAAUAGGAUCAAUAUUUUCAAUGCGUUCUGAUCUAUAAAGAGAUUUGAAUGAUUACUUAGAAUACUCAUGCAAUAAUUGAGAAGUAACAAAAAAGUAGCAGUAUUUUUGCUCUUUAUCUGUACCUACAUAAUUUCUUUAACCUAAUGAAAUUGAGAUCCAGUUAAGAAAUGCAUUGUGGUUCUAAUGGACUUAGCAUUUGGUAUUUUAAAAAAAUUGCAUAAGCCCACCAGAGACAACUAACUAUACUUGUACUUUAUUAGUAGAAAAUUUUAGUAGACUCAUUCAACUGAAUAUGAAUAUAUAUUCAGUAUAUGAUCAAGCCAUAAUCCAGCUGCAUUUGGUUAAGAGAGAAAAGUUUAACAAAUAACUUAUUAAGUUACAGCUUGAUUCAGAGUUCCCCAUUACACUUUGCCCUUUUCUUAUGAAAGAUCUCUAUGUUAAUAGAAGUGAGAAUACUGUAGCUUGAAUUAUUAUAUAGAAUUUGGAUAAUUCAGAAUGCACAUUAAAGUUUGAAUUUCAAGAGAGUUACCGAUUCAGAAAAAAAGGCUUUUCUUUUCUUGAUAUGAUAUGUGCUCUACCUUUUUAAAAUAUUUGUUUAAAAUACCAGAUGUCUGAUUUUUCUAUUAUUGUAUAAGUAAUUUCAACUGAAAGGAGUACUCUUGAAAAUUAGGAUAAAUACAUUUUUUCUCUUACAAUUUAGUUUAAAAUAGCUAUUUUCUAGUUAAGACAAUGCUGCCAAACUAGAAAUAACCAAUAGAAAAAUUAUUGGUUGGCCUUCAAUUAAGAAUUUCACUACAGAGAGAUACUCAGUUU